AUGGAACUUUUCCCAACAACACAAGAAGUUGAAUUUGAUGACAGGAUUUUCAUUUUCCGCGUGCAAGCACUGCCGCCCAAACCAUGGCCCAAACGCGUCGCAGGUGUCCCCUGCUAUCUAACAGAGGACCCAUAUGACGACGGUCCAGCCAUUCCCUAUGAGUAUCGGAGUCGCUCCCGUAUUGAUCUCUCAAAACACCUUGACCUCCGAGACAAGAAUGGCUCUCUGGACGCAAUAUCAGAUAUGGUACGCCAUUUCUUCCAACAAGCUGGCAUCCCAAUCACCGAAAUUCAGGUGUGGAGCCGCAUUGUCGUUAUUGUCCUUGAACAACGAAUCGACCAUGAUGAGAAAGUUAUGGAUGACAUUCUGAAAUCGAUCCCUCACGCUUCUAUAUCGCAACCGGAUAGGUCUGAGUACGACACUCUAAGACCGGGAGUGAUGAUUAGCUCUGGCACGAACUCCAACGGGGAGCCGAUGCGUUCGUCUUCCGGUAUCCUUGUUCGCGACCAUUUGGGCUCGGAGUUUAUGACCGUUGCUACCCACAGAUUCCCUUUCGGUGAAAACGUCCACCACCCUCAUGCCGGUGGUAGAGUGGUUGGCAAACUUCUCAGGAAGUUGCCGCAUACGGACGUUGCGUUGGUUAAGCUCGAAGAAGGGGAGGAAUUUGUCAAUGAACCAUUUGAGAAUACCCUGACGCCAUCCAGUACAUUCCGACUCCAAAAUUUCGUCCGGAUUGGAGAGACGAGAAAGUAUGACCAGGUUUUCUUUGACAGUCCAUUCUCCGGUCUUGCUGAAGGCCAGCGGAUGUCUGAGAAUCUCAUGCGUGUCCCGGCGGACAACCCUGAAGAGCCGCAUUAG